GGUGCCUCAGCAACAGAGCCACGGCAACAGAGCUCCACGGCAACAGCGUGCCGUGUCUCCCCAAUGGAGCUGCCAUUGGGCGGACCAGCGCUCAGGCACUACACCCAGAGCAGACCGAGACCUCACCGACAAAAACUGAACUAUCGUCCCAGCAGACCACAGGAGACAAUAAUUGAGAGUGACAAUGAAGUCCUUGAGCUCAUGGGGAGAGUGGAUGAAGGAGUUGAAGAGUUCUUUACUAAGAGAGUACUUCCUACUGAUACACUGAAAAAGCAAGAUGAGGAAUCUAUCACAGUGCACGAAGUGGCUCCUGCCAGCUCUGUCCCUUGUCCACCCCCGACGAAAACACUCAGGAGGAAGCUUGGUGACUUCUUUACACUCAAAAAGAGACGAGGUCUGAAAUCAGAAACAAGCCACGAGGGGCGACCCAAAAAGGCCUCCAUCGCUGAUCUCAUUCGUCCGCUCAGGGAGGUCGCCAGAGCGGAGAAAGAAAAAGAUAAGGACCGAGUCAAGGAGCACGACAAGGAAAAUGAAAAGGAGAAAGCGAAAGAACAUCCCGGUGCUGUUACUGGAGAGUCAGCUGUUCAGGAGACACCUGGCGCUCCGCUGAGGGGUGAAGCAGUGCCUCCCCGCCGAGCUCUCAGAGAGGGGAAGUCCCAGUCUCUCAUUUUGCUGUCAGGAUCAGCAGCAGCAGGGACUACCAAUGCCCGAAACACUUCAAAGAAACAAUUCGAAGGCCAACAUAGCUUUGAACAGAAACUCCAUCUCAUGCUUCAACGUAUUGGAGUUUCUAAAGCCCAGCCUGGAGAGACACAGAAUCCGGAGGGAGAGAUGAAAAAAGCAGAAUCUGAAGGUACUAUCAUUGACAGUAAACCUGAGCCACCGCCUACUUUCACAAAACCUCGAACGAUGUCUGCAUCAUCAGACACAAGGCAUCAAAUCCGCCCAAGUGUGUCAGCACACGAGUCAGCUGGGAAACCCGCUUUGCUUCCAAAGCCCGUUCUCAAGCCAGGUCCACCCCCCACAACAUCUGGCCGCAACACACCUGAGAACGAGCUAGCCCAAAUACAAGAAGGGGAGACAAACACGCCCACUAAACUGAGUCCAACCGCAGCUCCACCUACUCCUGCACUCACUACAACCACCGCUCCUACUGUACCGACAAUCUCAAACUCAGUCCCUGACUCAGCUGAUUUUACAAGUACUGUACCUCCCUCUGACACAGAUAUAUGCACUGACUCUGUUAACCCCACUGCAGCAGCUACAACACCCACGAAUGUUACAGAGCCCGACAGCAAACCCUCUAUCUCUGAAGCUAAUGUUACUACCACUGAACCACCCACCUCAACCUUAACAUCAAGCACCACUACACCCACAGAGCCCCCCACCUCUGUCUUAGUUACUUCCACUUCCUCUGAGUCCAUCACUCCAAGCCUCUCUGUCACAUCAAACUCAACAACAAUAACUACGCCUUCCAUUACCACCUCGGAAACAGUUUCUGCUCCCGGCAAUGAAAGCUCUGUUUCCACAACAUCAACAAACCUGUCAACUAAAUUGACUCUCUCAGAGCCAAAUGGUGUUCCCUCAGUCGAUGCUGCUCCUGCUGCUGGUGGUGAUGCAGCUAUUUCUGUCAUCACCACCGCUUCUUCACCCUCCACCAGCAUAUCAGAUAUGCUGCCAGGCUUGUCUGCUGCCACCACUUCAGUUGCUGAAGCUUGUGAUGAUUCCACUUCAGUCACCUCCACUAGCUCUGCAACUGUAGUUUCAUCAGUCACUCAAACAACAUCUCCACCUCCUAACACAAGUGAUAUUGUUACAACUGCAGUUUCACCUGUUGCCUCCAUCACCACUGCCUCCACCCUGAUCUCUUCUACCCUCCCUCCCACCAUCUCCACCUCUCCCACCACCACUACAAGCCCAACAUCCACUGACUGCAUGAACUCUAUCUCCACUUCAACCAUUACUCACCCAGCCACCCCUGGCCCUGCCGAUAUAUCUGUUCCCUCCACCUCCUCCAGUGAAACAAACCCCACAGACACCCCUUCCACCGCCACCAGUUUAAACCGUGCAGAUACCACGUCCACUGCCAGUUCAGCUACCACAGCUGCAAUUUGCUCGCCACUCAUGACUGACUCAGACCCACCUUACACUAACAACGUCAGCACUACCCUCACAUCAACUAUUGAUAACUCAAGUGCUACUUCUCACCAUUUGACCAGUCCGGCCCCCUCUAAUGAUAGUUCAGGCCAAGAUAAUGAUGUGCAGGCAUCUCCUGAAGAAAGACCCAGUGUAGAGCCUACAGAAAGGGGCACUGCAGAUGACGAGCUUGAGAUGGUUCAUAAGAGCAAGCAAAUUGAGGUGGAUGAGAGCAAGAAAGUCGUCGACGGUGGGAAGGAGAGUGAGAGUGAAAAUGAGAAACCGGCUCUCACUUCUAACAGCGAAGUGAUAAUGACAGAAGUGAAACCCGAAGAAGACACAAUGAAAGCAGAGGUGGGAAUGCCUGAACCUGCAUCAGGGAAAGAUGGUGAUCUGCAUAGCAACAAGGAGAUGACAGAGGGUCAAAAACAAGAAGAAACAAAGUCAAAGGGUGAGAAGUAAUUCAAAAAUAGAUAAAUGUCUAAAACACGGGACCAACUACUGUGACGGGGGCAGGAGAGACCACAGUAAAGGGUAAAAGGGGGGGGAGACGAUCCAUGGCACUUCCUACAGGGACCACCACAUUACAGCAGCACACCACAAAGGGUGGGCCACUGGACCAAAGAACUGAGAUCCCCUUGGUGUGAUGUAAUCAACAAAUCCAGCAGUGUCUUUGUCCUUUUUUAACUUAUGUUUGAAUUUUUGCAUUGCACGUAUGAUUAUGUACCAUAAGACAACUACUGUGGUAAAAUACACCAUGUUUACAAUAGAUGGAUAAGAGACAUAGUUAUGACUAUUAAAUGGAAUAUUG